UCUGUUGGUGUUACCCUCGCUGGCUAGCUAGCUAUCGCUAACUGGUUCCUGAUAGAAGCUCCCAGUUAGCAAACAUUAGGCUGCAAGAUGUAGAGCGCACUGGUUUGGCGGGAACUUGAUCACAACCUGUCAUUUCAAGACUGUAAUUUAGAUGUUCUGCAAACAUGACAACCGAGACCUUCGUCAAAGACAUCAAGCCAGGACUAAAAAACCUUAACGUAAUAUUUAUUGUCCUGGAAACAGGACGUGUAACCAAAACUAAGGAUGGCCAUGAAGUGCGAACAUGUAAGGUGGCAGAUAAGACAGGCAGCAUCAGCAUCUCCGUCUGGGAUGAGGUGGGAGGACUGAUUCAGACAGGAGACAUCAUCAGACUUACAAAAGGUUAUGCCUCUGUUUUCAAAGGCUGCCUCACACUCUACACUGGAAGAGGAGGAGAGCUGCAGAAGAUUGGAGAGUUCUGCAUGGUUUACUCAGAGGUGCCAAACUUCAGUGAACCCAAUCCAGAGUACACUGCCCAAAGCAACAAAGUGAGCUUGAAUGACAACAGUGCUACCUCUGGAGCCUCCAGUGGGAAUGAGACAACAAAUGGAAAUGGAGUAACGUCUCAGACAGCUGGCAGCUCUACCAACUCCCAGACCGGAGGCCGGGCGGGUGGAACUAACGGUAAUAAGGUGGUGAGCGCUGGAGGAGGGGGCAGCUCCAUCAGCAAUGGGAAGGAGACCCGGCGCACAGGCAAAAGAUGAUCGUUCUGCUAAAGAGACUCAUCAAAGCCACAGACUGUAAAAACAAGGCCAUCCCAACAGGUUUUAGCUUCUGUUCCCCCCCCCAUUGGAUUGGCUUGGACAAAAGCGCUGCUGAACAUGAAUGUGGAAGGUUUGACUUUGCACAUUUGGAACCAAAAUGAAAUCAGAUACCUUCUGAGCAGCUUAUAAAAUUACCCCAACCAUUGUCUACGGUUCCCUUGGUUACAGUGGAUUGACUUUGGCCCGUAGUCCAGGAUAUUCUGUCACCACUUUGCCAGUUUGAUAAAUCUGGCAGAUGACUUUGGGAAUUUGUGCUCUACAGCCUUCAGCUAUCUCUUCCACACUUUUUCCAUGGAAAGCAUUACACCAAGAGAGAAGCAUCACUAAGAGAAAAAUACUUGCUAUAGCAAGCAUGCUAAGGUAAAAGUCAUUCAAGGUUAUCUCCCUGGAAUGAGAUGUCUUUCCUUUUUAUAUUUGCCCAGAUAUGUUAUACAUGUGUUCAUCCUGUCCAUAACAUGCAUGUAACAUGUAUGAUUUGUUUUCAUGUUAUAUGAACUACCUACUGGCCAGGUAAAAGUAUAUAACGUAUAAAAGUAUAUAAGUAAAUAUAACUAUGAAUCAGAUACAGGAAUUUCCUGUAUUCUGCUGUAUAAAUCAAAAGAAGGACAUUCACUAACCCCAUAAAAAAUAACAAAACAGCAGACCAGUUUAUUUUUAUAUCCUGUUCCAAAAGAGUCUUUUGUCAUUUGUCAUUUAUUCAAACGGUAAUUAUGUCUGUAAAAUAUACCACUUUCAGCUCAAAUUUAAUGUGAUUUGUAUGUUUGUGGGAGUAUGUAUUUGCAGCAUAAUGUUACUAGAUUUCAUGUUUCAUGUUCAGACCUCUAAUGCAGCAUACUGUAAUGUUAUAUUAAACCCCUAAGACAGUA